UAUUCUAUAACUAUGUGUUCACACGUGCCAAGCAAGAGUGACACAACAUAGUCAACAGUUUGGUAAAGAACCGAUUUGAGCUUAGUGAGUGCUGCAACAAACAAUUGUUCUCUGAUUUGUAAUCACUUCUCUUCUCUUUCUAAAUCAUGGAUGCUGCUGCUGUUGGUGGAGCUUUUCUCUCUGCUUUCCUUCAAGUUCUUCUCGACAGGCUUGCUUCUCCUCACCUUGUUAACUUCAUCUAUGGAAACAAGGUUGACGCCAAUUUGAUCCAAAGGUUGAAGAACACUCUUUAUGCUGUUGAAGCUGUUCUGAAUGAUGCUGAGCAGAAACAGAUCAAAGACUCUGCUGUUAACAACUGGCUUGAUGAUCUCAAAGAUGCUCUCUAUAUUGCUGAUGACAUUCUCGAUCACAUUUCCACCAAAGCUGCUACUACUCAUAAGAACAAAGAGGUGAGUACUACUGCUUCUAGCUACUUGUCUCGCUUUUUCAACUUUGAAGAAAGGGAUAUGGUUCGUAAGUUAGAAGAUAUAGUUACUAGGCUUGAAUCCAUUCUCAAACACAAAGAUAUUAUUGGUCUUCAACAUAUUGCAACUCACCACCACUCUUCUUGGAGAACUCCAUCAACCUCUCUAGAUCAUGGAUCUAACAUAUUUGGUAGAAAUAAAGACAUAGAGGACAUACUUAACUUACUGUUACAUGAUGGUGAUGAUGUUGAUAGUGAUAAGAUUUCUGUGAUCCCCAUAGUUGGCAUGGGUGGUGUGGGCAAAACCACUUUAGCCCAAUCUGUGUACAACCAUGACACUAUAAAACAAAAAUUCAAUGUUCAAGCCUGGGUUUGUGUUUCUGAUGAUUUUGAUGUUUUGAAGAUUACAAAGACCAUUGCGGAGGAAGUUAGAAGUGCUUGUAACACAAAUAAUUUGAAUAUUCUUCAGCAAGAUUUGAAGGAUAAGUUGACCGGAAAAAAGUUCUUAAUUGUUCUGGAUGAUGUCUGGAAUGAAGAUUAUGACAGUUGGAAUUCUCUUAUAAAGCCUCUUCGAUGCGGAGCUAAAGGAAGUAAAAUUCUUGUAACAACCCGUAUUCGAAAGGUUGUUUCUAUGGUCCAAACUUUUCAAGGUUUCUACUCUCUCGAGCAAUUGUCUAAUGAUGAUUGUUGGUCAGUGUUUGCGAACCAUGCAUGCCUUUCUCCAGAAGAAUCCGCUCAGAAUAUGGAUCUCGGAAAAAUUGGCAGAGAGAUUGUUAGAAAAUGUAAGGGAUUGCCUUUAGCAGCACAAUCACUUGGGGGUUUGUUGCGACAGAAACGUGACAUCAGGGAUUGGAAUAAUAUACUCAAUAGUAAUAUUUGGGAAAUUGAUGAAAAGGAGAGUAAGAUCAUUCCAGCACUAAGAAUUAGUUAUCAUUAUCUCCCUCCCUAUUUGAAACGCUGCUUUGUUUAUUGCUCGUUGUUUCCUAAGGAUUAUGAAUUUGAUGCAGACGAUUUGAUCUUGUUGUGGAUGGCAGAAGAUCUUUUACAGCCUCCAAAUAAUGGAAAGACUUUGGAAGAAGUUGGUUAUGAGUAUUUUAAUGACUUAGCUUCAAGAUCUUUUUUUCAACGUUUUGGAAGUGGAAACCGCUCCCUGCGUUUUGUGAUGCAUGAUUUGGUGCAUGAUUUAGCAACAUUGAUUGGAGCAGAAUUCUACUUUAGAACAGAAGAACUUGGCAAAGAAACGAAGAUUGAUAACAAGACUCGUCAUUUAUCAUUUAACAACAUCAGCGAUCCAAUGACGGAUAACUUUGAGAUUUUUUACCGAGCAAAACAUCUUAGGACCUUUUUGAGAAUCACUUUUAGACGUACUCCAUUCAACAAUAAAAAGGCAGCAUGCAUCAUUUUGUCGAAUUUGAAGUGCUUGAGAGUUUUGUCAUUUAAAAUUUUUUGGGAUCUUAAUGCAUUGCCUGACUCGAUAGGUGAAUUGAUUCAUUUGCGUUAUUUGGAUCUCUCUCACACAACUAUAAAGACACUACCGGAGUCAUUGUGUAAUCUGCAUAAUCUACAAACCUUGAAGUUGUACUAUUGUGAUCAACUAACCAAACUUCCCAAUGGCAUGCAAAAGCUUGUGAAUUUGCGCUACCUUGAUAUCCGCUACACUCUAAAGUUAGAAGAUAUGCCUAGAGAAAUGAGCAAAUUAAACCAUUUGCAACAUUUGAGUUGCUUUGUUGUGGACAAGCAUAAAGAGAAAGGGAUCAAGGAACUGGGAACACUGUCAAAUCUUCACGGAUCACUUUCCAUUAGUAAAUUAGAGAAUGUUAGCAACAACAUUGAAGCAUCACAAGCGAAAAUAAUGGAUAAGAAGUACCUUGAAGAAUUGUCUUUUGAAUGGUCUGAUAAUGCAAAAGACCAAUUUACAAAUUCACAAAGUGAGAUGGAUAUACUAGACAAGUUACAACCUGCCAAGAACCUAAAAAAGGUGUCUAUAUGUGGAUAUAGAGGCACGAGAUUUCCAGAAUGGGUUGGAGAUCCUUCCUACCGAAAUUUGACUAAGUUGUCUCUGUCUGAUUGUGAUAAUUGUUGUAUUCUUCCACCACUUGGACAAUUACAGAAUCUCAAAGAGUUGAGAAUCAGUAGAAUGAGUAUGUUGGAGACUAUUGGAUCUGAAUAUGGUGAUUCCUUAUCAGGGAUUCUCUUUCCCACCCUUGGAUAUCUUCGAUUUGAUGGCAUGCCAUGUUGGGAAGUGUGGCAUCAUCCCCAUGACUCAAAUGCUUAUUUUCCUGUACUCAAGUCUCUUGUGAUUCGUGGUUGUCCCUUAUUGCGGGGAUAUUUGCCAUCUCAUCUUCCUGCUUUGGAAACAAUUCAGAUUGAAGAUUGCGACAAACUUGCUUUUUCUCUCCCACGGGCUCUUGCCAUCCGCAAAUUAGUGAUACGUGAAAACAAUAAAGUAGUGUUGCGAGAGUUACCUCUUUCAUUGGAAGAGAUCGAAAUUCAUGGAAGAGAGGCAACGGAGUCCUUCUUUGAAGUAAUUGCCAUCACCCUACCGAUUUCCCUGAAAAUUGUAUGGAUCGAGAAUUGUUCGUCUGCGAUAUCGUUUCCUGGAGAUUGUUUACCCGCAUCCUUAAAGAGUCUGUCCAUCUUAAAUUGUAAAAAUCUAGAUUUCCCAAAGCAAAACCAGCAGCACGAGUCACUUCAAUCGUUGUCUAUAUGGAGUAGUUGUGAUUCUCUGACAACCCUCCCACUGGAGACUUUUCCGAACCUAAGUAGUCUCCGAAUCCACAACUGUGAAAAUCUAGAAUGUGUGUCUGCACCCAAAUUGACAUCAUUGUUAGUCGAAAAAUGUGUUAAUUUAAAGUCAUUGCCUUGUCACGCAAAUACUCUUCUCCCGAAGUUAGAAUACCUGAGUAUAUGGGAAUGCCCAGAAAUGGAGACGUUUUGUGAAGGUAGUAUGCCGCCUAGCUUGAGAAGACUUGUUAUAUAUAAAUGCGAGAAGUUAAUGAGAAGCCCAUCUCUAAGUUUGAUGGACAUGCUCACCAAUCUUACAAUUGGUUGUUGUGAUGGUGUGGAGUCCUUCCCCAAUAAGGGUUUUGCGUUGCUGCCUCCCUUCCUUACCUCUCUAACGCUAAGCAGUAUGUCAAGUUUGCACACGUUGGAAUGCACGGAGCUUCUCCACCUCACGUCCCUCCAACACUUAGCAAUUUUGACUUGUUCAAAGCUGGAAAAUAUGGCGGGAGAAAGGCUGCCUGCUACUCUAACAAAACUUCAAAUCAUUGGAUGUCCACUGCUGGAAGAACGGUGCCGCAUGAAACAUCCGCAAAUUUGGCCCAAAAUUUCCCACAUCCAAAGCAUUGUGUUUCACUUCAAAUGGAUUUAGAAACUUCAACUUGGAUUUUCAAUGGUGUGCUUAAACAAAAAAGACCAUGUCAUAAAAUUUAUUGAAGAGAAUUUCAAAAUCAAUUCUUUGGAGAGAUCAAUCUUAGUUUGUGGAGAUUGUAACUGGAGAGACAGCACCUCAGCCCUGUUAUUUGCGUGCUUCAUGUUCUGUUUCCAGAAGUUAUUCAAGAAUCUGUGUGAUAAACAAGUUUUCUUUAUGAUAUAUGUGGAAGUGGAAGUAUAUAAGAGUAUAUUAAGGUAAAUUAAGGUAAAUGCCGUGAAAUAAGCUUUAACGUGUAAGAUCAUUCAACUUCUAUUUUUCUAAAAUUACUUCUUGAAGAGUUUAUAUAGAAUUGACUCUAAUCUUCAAUGUCCUCUAAGCAAAGCGGUAAUUUAUUACUGACUUUCAGCACAGUUUUGUAGCUUCUAUGACUAAUAAUUCGUGCAAAUAUAUAUUCUUUUCA